GUUAAUAUGGGCGUCCCAGCCUCGGUCUCCCAGGAGGAAAAUUGCAAGAGGCAGCAGCCCUUGAGCGCCCAGAGCUCUUGAACAGGCCGCCCGGGAGGGGCGUGAGACCCGGCUGCAGCAUCCGUCCAGGUGGGACCCGCCGAGCGCCGUGUCCGGUACCCCCAAAGGCGCACGCUCGCGCGAUUGCUCCGAGCUCCCCGACCCGGGGAUUUUUUUCGCCGCUGGUGGUGGGCGCCUCGUGGGCUGAGGCCCGGCGCCUGCUCUGCUCCCGCGCUGCCUUUAGCGGUCGCCUCCGCUGCCGCUGCCAGGGACGUGCUGGGAAAACCCAAGCCCCGGGAGAAGAUGCCGGCCAUCCUGGUCGCCUCCAAAAUGAAGUCGGGACUGCCCAAACCCGUACACAGCGCGGCGCCCAUCCUGCACGUGCCCCCGGCCCGGGCCGGCCCCCAGCCCUGCUACCUCAAGUUGGGAAGCAAGGUGGAGGUGAGCAAGACCACCUUCCCUAGCCAGAUCCCCCUGAAAUCGCAGGCGCUGCAGGAGCCAGCGGGGGAGGGGCUCCCGCUGCGGAAGAGUGGCUCGGUGGAAAACGGGUUCGAUACCCAGAUCUACACGGACUGGGCCAACCAUUAUCUAGCCAAAUCCGGCCAUAAGCGUCUCAUUAAGGAUCUCCAGCAAGAUGUCACGGAUGGCGUCCUCCUGGCCCAGAUCAUCCAGGUUGUAGCAAAUGAGAAGAUUGAAGACAUCAAUGGCUGUCCAAAGAACAGAUCGCAAAUGAUUGAAAACAUAGAUGCCUGCUUGAAUUUCCUGGCAGCUAAAGGGAUAAACAUCCAGGGGCUGUCUGCAGAAGAGAUCAGGAAUGGAAACCUCAAGGCCAUUCUAGGCCUCUUCUUCAGCCUAUCCCGGUACAAGCAGCAGCAGCAACAGCCCCAGAAGCAGCACCUCUCCUCGCCUCUGCCUCCCGCCGUGUCCCAGGCGGCCGGGGCCCCCUCCCAGUGCCAGGCUGGCACCCCUCAACAGCAGGUGCUGGCCACUCCCCAAGCCCUGGGCCAACCUCACCAGCCAGCAACACUUCAGCAGUCAAAAGCACAAGCUGAGAUGCAGUCCAGACUUCCAGGUCCUACCACGAGGGUAUCCGUUGCAGGCAGCGAGGCCAAAACACGCGGAGGGUCAGCCACUGCUAACAACCGACGCAGUCAGAGCUUUAACAACUAUGAUAAGUCCAAGCCAGUCACCUCCCCACCCCCACCACCAAGCAGCCAUGAGAAAGAGCCACCGGCAAGCUCAGCCUCCUCCCACCCCGGAAUGAGCGAGAAUGCACCUGCCUCCUUGGAGAACACCGGCAACCCCAUUCCCGUUAACUGCAGCACCUCCUCGGCCAUCCCUCAGCCCGGCGUGGCCUCUAAGCCCUGGCGCAGCAAGUCCCUUAGCGUGAAGCACAGCGCCACGGCGUCCAUGCUCUCAGUCAAGCCACCUGGGCCCGAGGCCCCCAGACCCGCACCCGAAGCCAUGAAGCCGGCCCCCAACAAUCAGAGGUCCAUGCUGGAAAAGCUGAAACUUUUCAACAGCAAAGCGGGCUCCAAGGCGGGCGAGGGCCCGGGGUCUCGAGACACAAGCUGUGAGCGACUGGAGACCCUGCCCAGCUUUGAAGAGAGUGAGGAGCUAGAGGCCGCGGGCCGUGUGCUGUCCACGGCGGGCCCCGCUGCCAGCAGCCCCAAGAUCGCACUCAAGGGCAUCGCCCAGAGGACUUUCAGCCGGGCGCUGACCAACAAGAAGAGCUCCCCCAAAGGCAACGAGAAGGAGAAGCAGCAGCGGGAGAAGGAGAAGGACAAAAGCAAGGACCUCGCCAAGAGGGCCUCGGUGACGGAGAGGCCAGACCUCAAGGAGGAGCCCAAGGAGGACCCCAGUGGAGCAACCGUGACCGAGAUGCCAAAAAAGUCCUCCAAGAUCGCCAGCUUCAUCCCCAAGGGGGGGAAGCUCAACAGUGCCAAGAAGGAGGCCAUGGCGCCUUCCCACAGUGGAAUACCAAAACCCGGGAUGAAGAGCAUGCCCGGAAAGUCUCCAAGUGCCCCAGCGCCAUUGAAGGACGGGGAGCGGAGCCGGAGCGGGAAGCCGGGAUCGGGGCUCCCCCAGCAGAAGCCCCAGCUGGACGGCAGGCACUCCAGCUCCUCCUCCAGCCUGGCAUCCUCGGAAGGCAAAGGCCCGGGAGGGACCUCCCUGAACCACAGCAUCAGCAGCCAGACGGUCAGCGGGUCCGUGGGGACCACCCAGACCACAGGAAGCAAUACCGUCAGUGUUCAGCUACCUCAGCCCCAGCAGCAAUACACCCAUCCCAACACUGCCACGGUCGCCCCUUUCCUGUACAGGUCCCAGACGGACACCGAAGGGAAUGUUACCGCCGAAUCCAGCUCAGCAGGUGUGAGCAUGGAACCCAGCCACUACACCAAGAGUGGACAGCCUGCUUUGGAAGAACUCACUGGGGAAGAUCCCGAGGCUCGGCGACUGCGGACAGUGAAGAACAUCGCUGACCUGAGGCAGAAUUUGGAAGAAACCAUGUCCAGUUUACGGGGAACUCAGGUUACACACAGCACAUUGGAAACCACGUUUGAUACCAGUGUCACCACGGAGAUAAGUGGCCGUAGCAUCCUCAGCCUGGCAGGGAGGCCCACUCCUCUGUCCUGGAGACUCGGCCAGUCCAGCCCUCGACUGCAAGCAGGAGACGCCCCCUCAAUGGGCAACGGGUACCCCCCUCGAGCCAACGCCAGCCGGUUCAUCAACACCGAGUCGGGCCGCUACGUGUACUCUGCACCUCUGAGGAGGCAGCUGGCCUCCCGGGGCAGCAGCGUCUGCCAUGUGGAUGUCUCAGACAAGGCAGGAGAUGAGAUGGAGCUGGAAGGCAUCAGUAUGGACGCGCCUGGGUACAUGAGCGAUGGGGACGUUCUGAGCAAGAAUAUCCGGACUGAUGACAUUACAAGCGGGUAUAUGACCGAUGGUGGACUUGGCCUCUAUACCCGUCGCCUGAAUCGGCUCCCUGAUGGGAUGGCUGUGGUGCGGGAGACCCUGCAACGAAAUACCUCCCUGGGCCUCGGAGAUGCUGACAGCUGGGAUGACAGCAGCUCCGUCAGCAGCGGCAUCAGCGACACCAUAGACAACCUCAGCACCGAUGACAUCAAUACCAGCUCCUCCAUCAGCUCCUAUGCUAAUACACCUGCCUCCUCUCGAAAACACUUGGAUGUGCAGACCGACGCGGAGAAACACUCGCAGGUGGAGAGAAAUUCCCUGUGGUCCGGUGAGGAUGUCAAGAAAUCAGACGGAGGGUCAGACAGUGGCAUAAAGAUGGAGCCCGGUUCCAGGUGGAGGAGGAAUCCUUCCGACGUGUCUGACGAGUCCGACAAAAGCACAUCAGGCAAGAAGAAUCCCGUCAUCUCCCAGACAGGCUCGUGGCGGCGAGGCAUGACUGCUCAGGUGGGAAUCACCAUGCCGAGGACGAAGCCGUCCACCUCAGCAGGUGCACUCAAGACCCCAGGAACUGGAAAAACAGAUGACGCAAAGGUAUCUGAGAAAGGAAGGCUUUCUCCCAAAGCCUCCCAGGUGAAGCGCUCCCCAUCAGACGCAGGCCGCAGCAGUGGCGACGAAUCCAAAAAAACCCUCCCCAGCAGCUCCAGGACACCCACUGCCAACGCCAACAGCUUUGGAUUCAAGAAGCAGAGUGGCUCAGCUGCUGGUCUGGCCAUGAUCACGGCCAGUGGGGCCACCGUCACCAGCAGGUCAGCCACGCUGGGCAAAAUCCCAAAGUCAUCCGCACUCGUCGGUCGGUCUGCGGGUCGGAAGUCGAGCAUGGAUGGAGUUCCCAAUCAGGACGAUGGGUACUUGUCCCUCAGCUCCCGAACGAACCUGCAGUACCGGAGUCUGCCGAGGCCCAGUAAGUCCAACAGCCGGAAUGGGGCUGGGAACAGGUCUAGCACCAGCAGCAUAGAUUCCAACAUCAGCAGCAAGUCAGCAGGCCUGCCGGUGCCCAAGCUGAGAGAGCCUUCCAAGACGGCCCUGGGCAGCUCUCUGCCAGGUCUUGUCAACCAGACGGAUAAGGAGAAAGGCAUCUCGUCAGACAACGAGAGCGUGGCUUCCUGUAACUCGGUGAAAGUGAACCCAGCUGCCCAGCCUGUGUCCAGCCCAGCUCAGGCCACUCUCCAGCCCGGGGCCAAGUAUCCAGAUGUGGCCUCUCCCACACUCCGCAGACUCUUUGGUGGAAAGCCUACCAAGCAAGUGCCCAUCGCUACAGCUGAAAACAUGAAAAACUCAGUGGUCAUCUCCAAUCCUCAUGCCACCAUGACCCAGCAAGGUAAUCUAGACUCACCGUCAGGCAGUGGCGCCCUGAGCAGCGGGAGCAGCAGCCCUCUGUACAGUAAGAACGUGGACCUCAACCAGUCUCCGCUGGCCUCCAGCCCCAGCUCAGCCCACUCGGGACCCUCCAACAGCCUCACCUGGGGCACCAACGCUAGCAGCUCCUCGGCAGUCAGCAAGGAUGGCCUGGGCUUCCAGUCCGUUAGCAGCCUCCACACCAGCUGCGAGUCCAUCGACAUCUCCCUCAGCAGCGGGGGCGUUGCCAGCCACAACUCCUCCACCGGCCUCAUCGCCGCAUCCAAGGACGACUCCCUGACUCCCUUUGUUAGAACCAACAGUGUGAAGACCACACUGUCAGAAAGCCCUCUCUCUUCCCCUGCUGCUAGCCCUAAGUUCUGCAGAAGUACUCUGCCCAGGAAACAGGACAGUGACCCGCACCUUGAUAGGAACACUUUGCCUAAGAAAGGACUCAGGUAUACUCCCACCUCCCAGCUUCGCACGCAAGAAGACGCAAAAGAAUGGUUACGGUCCCACUCUGCAGGAGGCCUGCAGGACACUGCUGCCAAUUCCCCCUUUUCCUCUGGCUCCAGCGUGACUUCCCCCUCUGGAACAAGAUUCAACUUUUCACAGCUUGCAAGUCCCACCACUGUCACCCAGAUGAGCCUGUCCAACCCGACCAUGCUGAGGACCCACAGCCUCUCCAAUGCUGACGGGCAGUACGACCCCUACACUGACAGCCGCUUCCGGAAUAGUUCCAUGUCCCUGGACGAGAAGAGCAGAGCCAUGAGUCGAUCAGGCUCCUUCCGGGAUGGGUUUGAGGAAGUUCAUGGAUCCUCGCUCUCCUUGGUUUCCAGCACAUCGUCGAUUUAUUCUACACCAGAAGAAAAAUGCCAGUCAGAGAUUCGCAAACUGCGGCGGGAACUGGAUGCCUCCCAAGAGAAGGUCUCAGCGUUGACCACCCAGCUGACAGCAAAUGCACACCUUGUGGCAGCCUUUGAACAGAGUCUCGGAAACAUGACGAUCAGGCUCCAGAGUUUGACCAUGACAGCUGAGCAGAAGGAUUCAGAACUGAAUGAGUUAAGGAAGACCAUUGAGCUCCUGAAGAAACAGAACGCAGCUGCCCAGGCUGCCAUUAAUGGAGUAAUUAACACACCGGAGCUCAACUGCAAAGGAAAUGGCUCCACCCAGUCUGCAGACCUCCGAAUCCGCCGACAGCAUUCCUCAGACAGUGUCUCCAGCAUCAACAGUGCCACCAGCCACUCCAGCGUGGGCAGCAACAUAGAGAGUGACUCCAAGAAAAAGAAGAGGAAGAACUGGGUCAAUGAGUUACGCAGCUCCUUCAAGCAAGCUUUCGGGAAGAAGAAGUCCCCCAAGUCUGCAUCCUCUCAUUCUGACAUUGAGGAGAUGACGGAUUCUUCUCUGCCUUCCUCACCAAAAUUACCACACAAUGGGUCCACGGGUUCCACGCCACUGCUAAGGAAUUCUCACUCCAACUCUCUGAUUUCCGAGUGCAUGGACAGUGAAGCCGAAACGGUCAUGCAGCUCCGGAAUGAGCUGAGGGACAAGGAGAUGAAGCUGACGGACAUACGCCUGGAAGCCCUCAGCUCUGCCCACCAGCUCGACCAGCUUCGGGAGGCCAUGAACAGGAUGCAGAGUGAAAUCGAGAAGCUGAAAGCUGAGAAUGACCGGCUGAAGUCAGAGUCUCAAGGCAGCGGCUGCAGUCGGGCCCCCUCCCAGGUGUCCAUCUCCGCCUCCCCGAGGCAGUCCAUGGGCCUCUCCCAGCACAGCCUGAACCUCACUGAAUCGACCAGCCUGGACAUGUUGCUGGAUGACACUGGUGAAUGCUCGGCUCGGAAGGAAGGAGGCAGGCAUGUUAAGAUAGUUGUCAGCUUUCAGGAGGAAAUGAAGUGGAAGGAGGACUCCAGACCGCAUGUCUUUCUUAUUGGCUGCAUUGGCGUUAGUGGCAAGACGAAGUGGGAUGUGCUCGAUGGGGUGGUUAGACGGCUGUUCAAAGAAUACAUCAUCCACGUGGACCCAGUAAGCCAGCUAGGGCUGAAUUCAGACAGCGUUCUGGGUUACAGCAUUGGGGAAAUUAAACGCGGCAACACUUCCGAAACCCCCGAGCUGCUUCCCUGCGGCUAUCUGGUCGGAGAGAACACGACCAUCUCGGUGACUGUCAAAGGGCUCGCGGAAAACAGCCUGGACUCGCUGGUGUUCGAGUCUUUGAUCCCCAAGCCCAUCCUGCAGCGCUACGUGUCCCUGCUGAUAGAACACCGGCGGAUCAUUCUCUCCGGCCCCAGUGGCACUGGGAAAACCUACCUGGCCAACCGACUGUCAGAGUACCUGGUGCUUCGAGAGGGACGGGAGUUGACAGAUGGGGUUAUUGCCACCUUCAAUGUAGACCAUAAGUCCAGCAAGGAGUUGCGCCAGUACCUGUCCAACCUCGCCGAUCAGUGCAAUAGCGAGAACAACGCCGUAGACAUGCCCCUGGUCAUUAUCCUGGACAACCUGCACCACGUGAGCUCUCUGGGCGAGAUCUUCAACGGACUGCUGAACUGCAAGUACCAUAAAUGCCCGUACAUAAUCGGCACCAUGAACCAGGCUACCUCUUCCACACCCAACCUGCAGCUUCAUCACAACUUCAGGUGGGUGCUUUGUGCCAACCACACGGAGCCUGUGAAGGGGUUCCUCGGCCGGUUCCUGAGGAGGAAGCUCAUGGAAACGGAGAUAAGCGGGAGAGUGAGGAACAUGGAGCUGGUGAAAAUCAUCGACUGGAUUCCAAAGGUCUGGCACCAUCUCAACCGCUUCCUGGAGGCGCACAGCUCCUCGGACGUCACCAUCGGGCCCCGGCUCUUCCUGUCCUGCCCCAUCGACGUGGACGGCUCAAGGGUGUGGUUCACUGACUUGUGGAACUAUUCCAUCACCCCCUACCUCCUGGAAGCCGUCAGGGAGGGACUCCAGGUAAGCAGCACACACCUACUGGCUCCCGCCACAUCAAGCGGGCCUGUUCUGGGACAGAUGAGUUGUCUCGAUCCCCUCUGGGAGUCUGACUGA